AUGGCUGUAAACAUUCCCCUCGAGCUUGUCAUGAAGAUCUUCACUCUCGCCACUCAUAGACGAGAGGAAGCAGCAUCCUGGAUUUGUGUUUCCAAAAGGACCUACAUCUUAUUUGAAAGAUUAUUGUAUAAUAAGGUCGUCUUCAAUGAUGAAGACCAUGCAUUCAGAUUCUUGGAAUGCUACCGCCUUCGGAAAACGCAUAUCGAUCCUCCUCCAUCAACUACAGCGAUGGUUCUCGGCUAUGAUAUCACGUACACUACCCUAGUCGAGAUAUUGUCACUCUGCAAAGAUAUCACCAACCUUUCCAUAGCAUCCAUCGACGAGGACUUCAUUCCUGACCUCACAAAUCUGCAUCACGUACUGGAACCCAUCCACCUCACGGUGCUCUGUUUACACAUCAGAUUAUCGCUCACUCACUCUUCCAUGGUGAUGGCAAACACGUUCGCUACAUUGACGCAUCUUGAGAUAGAAGAUAAGGAAAUGCUUCGCCCUGUUGACAUGAACGCCUUCCCCAAGUUGACCCACCUGGCGCUAUGGUUCGUCUUCAUCAACGCAGGAGGGGACUUCCCUGGCGUUGUGAAGCGUCUUCUCCAACAUGCAACCCUGCAAGUCCUUGUAUUCCGUGUCGAUGGUCACAGCGAAUGUGCAACGUUCCUGGAAUCCCGUGGAAUCGUGGAUCGUCGCAUUAUCAUCGGACCUUCACGAAGGUUUGUAUGGGAUGAUUUUGGACAUGGUGACAUGUUACUCUGGAAACUCGCUGACGACAGGGCCAACAUGCCUGCCCCAAACCACAAAAAGCACCGCUGCUUCUCUAACAGCACGUUUGAAAAUAGAUUCAGUGAUUAUAAGGGGCUUCCUCGAGUUCCUGAACGCGAUGUGGACCGUGGUUUGAUGCGCAAUGGUUCCAGGGACGAGGAGACAGAGGUGGAUUCUAAUGAUGAGGACAUAGAAGAGGAUUCCCUCGAUGAGGACGUAGAGGAGGAUUCUCCCACCGAGGACAAAGACGAGCAGAGUUGUCCAGGAACCAUCAGCCCAAAAAGCAGCAAGACUAUCACACGGAAGGAUGGGCAUCGGAGUGUCCUUCCUGCGGCUUACAAUGACUCAAAUCACAAUCUGUGCAAUGAGGUCGAUAUCCCGCUCAUCCGAUUCAUGACAAAAUUCCCAGCAUCUACUUGCAGCAAUACCAUUGAUGUGCAGUUCAUGCCUGGUGCAGCACGUCACACUCCUCAUUUUGAGCUGACAGUCGGGCAAUCUCUCUGUAUGAAUAAAUGUGUCAUGUUCCAUGAAGUGCCAUACAAUCCAGUGGAGCAAGUAGUGACGUGUCAAUACCUCGAUGCCAUAUUUGUGAUCUCACCAAAUUGCCCAGUUGAUAUCCACGAUGUUAGGAAGCGAUGCAAUGAUCAUGUGAACACAACCAUUACGGGCACGAUUGGUUCAUUUUUCACAUCGAUGAACGAUCCCACGAAGAUUCAAUGCAUCCUUGAUAUACCUCUCGCACAUGUCAGCAUGCCAUAUGGUAUCAUGCAACUCGAUCAUGGUCUCAUGCAUGGUUGGAAUCAAACUACUCGCUCAAUUCCGAUCAGGUCCAAGGUCCAUGCUAAAUAUUUCACUGCCAAGGGAUGGGGUUACUGCAUCAUGCUGGAUUUCUAA